AUGAGUGAUGAUGCGUUAUUCGCUUGGGAUUGCGAAACGUAUUCAGAAAAAGACACGCGAAGAGCAAUUCCUUAUGCCUGCACUUUAAUUAAUUUAGAAAAACUAAGGAAAAUGUUAAACAGAAUAAAUAAUCUCUUUCCAGAUUUAAAGCCGUCAGAUCCCAUUCCAGAAGAAUUUUACAACAAACUCAUGACUAAUAUAGUAGAAAUAUUUGUAGGCACAGAUUGCAUCGAUCAAAUGUUGAAAUAUUUAGGUCAAUAUGAUAGAAAGAGAUUAAUAUUAAUUUCUCAUAACGGCAGUGGUUUCGACAACUGGAUAGUGCUUAAAAAUGCAAAAAAACUAACGCAUUGCCCUUUAAAAACACCCAGAGGAAUUCUAUCUUUUCCUUUAUCUAAUCCAUACACGGAUGAAGAUUUACAGAAAAAAUGGAAAAGACAGAAAGAAAUAAAGGGUAAUUAUUUACAACAUAUCAAUUUCACGUGUUCCUAUCAACACGAAUCCUCUAGUUUGGCUGCAUGGGGAAAUUCUUCCAAUCUUCCCGCGAAUUUGAGAAAGAUUGCCGACGUAGAUAUCACUAAAUACACGCGAGACAACUGGGAGGAAUUGAGACACGAAUGGGAACCUUGCGCCAAGAGAGACACUCUCUGUUUGGGAGCUUGUUUGAUAAAAUACAACCAAGUCACGAAAGAAGUUGUAAACCAGAAUAUGUCCAAUAAUCUAACGGCUCCAUCUUUAUCUUUAAAGGGUUGGUAUUAUUUAUAUCAUUACGAUAAAGAAAUGGUGGAAGAAGAAUGGUAUAAAACUACUAGAAUGGUUGCGAAACAUACCGAAAAAGAAAAUAUAGAAAAAGUUUAUUCGCACACUAAUCCUUUUAUAAGAAAUUUUAUCAGACGAUCUAUUAAAGGAGGAAGAGUUUCGGCAAAUAGAAAAUCAUUUGAAACGAACAAAAUGGAUGAAAUUUGUAACGUAUUAAAGGAAUAUAUUUCACAAACAGAAAGUAAUAACAUAAUUGAUUUAUUCAAAGAAUACAGCGCUAGCACAAAAGACAAAACGGAAGUUCAUUCGAGACUUAAAAAAAUAGAAUGUACUAAACUAAUGGCAUUUGAUGCUAACGGUUUAUACGCUUCCGCCAUGUCGGAUUUAGACAGUGAAUAUCCGAGAGCACCUAGAACAGCUAUUUUAACAGUGUGGUUUGACUAUCCCAAAAACAUGUUCUUCCAAAAGAUACCAGCUAAAGAUAAAAUCACUUUCACGAAUAAAGAAGGUAAAAAGGAAACUGGUAACAAAAUCAGGUUCAGAAAUGGUUUCUGUCACGACGUUUUAACAUCGGUCGAUAUUCAAGAAAUAGUGAAAGCCGGUGGACGAAUUAUUAGAAUAUUAGAUGGUAUAGUUUACGAAGAAAAUUUUAAAACUCCACCCUUUAGAGAUUAUAUUUUAAUUUUGAGAGAUUUAAGAAAUAAAUAUAAACGAGAAGGUAAUAUCGUGGGUAGUAACUGCAUGAAAUUAUUAGGUAAUUCCUUGUAUGGUAAAUCAAUUCAGAAAGAUAUAUUCACAACUAGACAUUUAUGGAAUGAAGCAACUUUACAGGCCAACUUUGAUUCACGCGUUAAAACCUAUGAGAAAAUUAAUGAUACUCAAUAUAUUGUUGAAACGGAAAUUGAAGAAAAAGAGAUUACUACCGAAGAUACUAAAUCUACACGACUAACACCUAGUCAUUUGGGAUCAUUCGUUUUAUCUCACAGUAAAAAAAUAAUGAACAAUUUCAUUCACGUCAUAAAUGGAUUUUUUAAACCCGAAAUGUACUAUACCGACACCGAUAGUUUGUACAUUUCAUCCAACAAUUGGAAAAAACUAAACAGAGCUGGUUUGGUCUCCGAAAAAGACUAUUGCAAAGGUAAAAACGAUUACGGUGACGGUGGAAUUAUAUUUGGUUUAUAUUUAGCACCAAAAGUCAAAUACAACAUCAUUCUAACUUCUGAUGGUGUUUUAAAAGAAAAGAAAACGUUUAAAGGUUAUUCUAAUGAUAAGAUAAGUGUAGAAGAUUACGUUCAGUUAGCAAGCGGACAUGAUGUGUCAAACGAAUUUAAUAAACCAUAG